UUGAGGACCAUCAAGCAUUCAAUGACAUCAAUGAUGGCAUCUUGUUUUUGAAGUUCUAGUUUUAAAAAAAUCACACAAGUUUACAGAGUUACAAGUCAUAAGAAUUGUAACAUAACAUUCUGCAAAGAAAUCCCUCAAACUUGAAAAACUGAACCAUUAACUGUUACCUGAGACUUGGCACACAGGCCUGUUUGUUGAAAUGGAAACCAUUGAAUCAUCACAGCAGCAAGUAGAAGAAUAUACUCUAGGAAGACGUGUACUAUGUAGACAGGCUCAGAUAAAAACACUGAUGUCUCUGUUUGGCCAGAGAUAUCACAUGACACCAGGAUCACUUUUCGUGUAUGGUCAUACAGGAACUGGAAAAUCAUUAGUAAUACAAUCCUUGUUGUUGUAUCUCAAGCUUCCACAUAUUGUUAUGAACUGUGUGGAAUGCAGCUCACCAAGAUUUCUGUUUGAACAUAUUUUUAACAACAUGCCAAAAGGGAAUGGUGUAUCAAAUACAAAUUCUGCAAACACAGAUGAUGAAUAUACAGAUUGUGAGGACAUGACCAGCUUUAUACGGCAGUUAGUCAAAGCUGUAACUGAUAAUGGCCUCAGAAAUGAAACUUUGUAUAUAGUAUUAGACAAAGCUGAAAGACUGCGAGAUACAAAUGUACAUUUACUGCCUGCUCUUUUACGUUUACAAGAAUUAUCUGAACUGAAUGUGUGUACAAUUCUGAUAUCGGAAAUUGUGUGGGAAAAAUUCAGAUCUGGAACUGGAUUAUGUGAACCCUAUUGCCUACACUUUCCUGAUUAUACUCGGCAGGAACUGAAUGAAAUAAUGUGUUUGGAUGCUCCAGCCUCAUGUGAUAAGGAACUUUAUGCUCUAUAUGUAAACAUAGUGCUCUCUGUGUUUCAUAUGGUGUGUCGAGACCUAAGAGAACUUAGGCAUAUAGCUAAACUAAACUAUCCCUACUUUAUAGAACCCAUACAAAAAGGAGAUGCAGAUGCAAGCCAGGCUAGAAAGCUGUGGAGAAAUAUUGAACCACAUUUAAAGAAAGCGCUUAAUAGUGUCUACCUCAGGGAAGUGUCAAGUCUUCAAUGGGAGCUAAUGCAGCAAGCAGAAUUUGAUCAGUCAGAAUCAGAUAUUUCAAAAAGUGCUGCUAGUCGAUCACACAUGGAACUGCCCUAUUAUUCCAAAUUCCUUUUGAUUGCAGCCUACCUGGCUUCUUACAACCCAAUGAAGUAUGACAGGAGAUUUUUUGCCAAGAAUUCUGGUCGAAUUUCCAAGCGAACAAAGCUGAUUAAAAAGAAUGUCAGGACUAGCAAUCACUUGUUAGGCCCAAAAUUAUUCCCCAUUGAUAGAUUGAUGGCCAUAUUUUACUCUAUUGUGGAGGGGAAUGUUAUGCCCUCAGCACAGAUUUUUAUACAGAUAAGUUCUUUGGUGAGUCUGCAUCUACUGUGUCAGGUUGGAGGGGAAGACAAAAUAGCAGCACCAAAAUACAAGUGUAUGGUGACCUUAGAUUUCAUUAGAUCCGUAGCCAGAACAGUACAGUUUGACAUUAUGAAGUAUCUUUAUGAUUUUCUUUGAAGACCUGAACAGAGUCAAGGCAAGCUUUAUUUAUUGAAUGUUUUUGUUUAUGUUUUAUUUUAUAAUACAGAUGAAUAUUAAUUAAAAUAAAAAAAAAUUGAAUCAGUAAA